UCCACAGAGCUGUCAUCAAACACUCCGGUAAUGCAUCACUUUGACACGAUUAGCAAUUAGUUACAGUAAUUGAAGAGAAUUGAAAGGAACAUAUCUCUCCUGCCAAACGAACAGCACUUUCAGAAAUUAUUGAAACUAUUAAGGCUGGCCAGUGGUUCCUUGUUUGCUCUUUUGUUGAACAUAAGAGCUGCAUUUUUGGGUGCUCAGGCCAUUGAGAAAAACAUGGAAAGAUCCUCCCUUCAAAUUUCAAUAUUAGAUCGUAUAAGAGCACUUUGUUCACCAUAGAACAGAAGCCCCUGAGAAGCUCCGUAAACCUGUCAGCUUUUUCUGCUGUCCCAAGCUUACAAAAGACAAUGGUAAUUGUCGAGGAUUAGAAUCUGGCUCUCUUAAAACAGUAAAACUCAUAGGAAGCAAGAAAUGAAGCCCUCCUUUUUUAUCAUAGUCGAAACUCCUUGUAUGUCUGUUGUGUACUUUGCAAGUUAACAUCAGAGUCCCCUCAUGGAAGAACUAGAACAACAAAUUUGGCCUAUUCGAAAGCACCGAAGCAAGCUUUUAGUAACACAAGGACCUUGGAAUGUGAUGCCAAGCAUAGCCACCUAGAUUGUGUUACAUUGAUUCCACGAGAAUCCCAAAAAGAACUCAACCCUUUUUCUAACUUUGUCUGCGAUCUAUCCUUGAAUGUAUCAGGCAUUAAAUUGUUCGCACCUGAGCCGCCUCACAUCAACAAAGAGAGACAAAGCAGGGUUUCUUUGUAAUGAAAAUUACUAUAACAAAGCUCCUAAAUUUUGUCCUCUGGAAGGAACUGUCUUCGACAGGUCCGCCAACUAAUUGACUAUAAAAAUUUUCAAUGGCAGUUCCUCUGUUCCAAACUUUCCAGACCUAGACUAGAGAAAGCAAUGGCUACUUUCUCUUGUCCAAUCUCCUUCCCCUUCAGAUGUUCUUUAAAUGGUAAUCAUAACCAUAACCACAGAGUCGAUAUCAAAAUCAAUGGAACUCAGACAGGGCCCAUUAAGCUCGACACAUUGACUGAAAUUGCCGCUGUUGUAAAAGCUGAUUCCACUCCUCUUGCUACUGUCCACGAAAACGGGUGCAUAUGCCAAGAGAAGAUUCGGCAGAGGAUUCCAACGCAGAAGCAGCUGGUUGAUCCUUACCGUCAAGGGCUCAUCAUUGAAAGGGGAGUUGGCUAUAAACAGACUGUUGUCAUCCGCUCCUAUGAAGUUGGCCCUGAUAAAACGGCUACCCUGGAGAGCCUCCUUAAUCUUUUCCAGGAAACGGCACUAAAUCAUGUUUGGAUGUCCGGACUUCUAAGCAAUGGAUUUGGAGCCACACAUGGAAUGAUGAGGAACAAUCUCAUAUGGGUCGUCUCAAGAAUGCACGUCCAAGUGCAUCACUAUCCCAUAUGGGGAGAGGUAGUGGAAAUCGACACAUGGGUUGGUGCAUCAGGGAAGAAUGGGAUGAGGCGAGACUGGCUAAUUCGGAGUCAAGCCACCGGCAUCACUUACGCACGUGCAACCAGCACUUGGGUAAUGAUGAACGAGCAAACAAGGCGCCUCUCAAAGAUGCCGGAGGAAGUGAGGGAUGAAAUCUCUCCUUGGUUUAUUGAGAAGCAAGCAGUCAAAGAAGAUGCUCCCGAGAAAAUUGUCAAGUUGGACGACAAAGCAAAAUAUGUGAACUCUGACUUGAAGCCAAAGAGGAGUGAUUUGGACAUGAACCACCAUGUAAACAAUGUCAAGUAUGUACGAUGGAUGCUUGAGACAAUUCCUGACAAAUUUUUGGAGUCUCACGAGCUAUCUAGUAUCGUACUAGAAUAUAGAAGGGAAUGUGGAAGUUCAGAUAAAGUUCAAUCACUUUGCCAACCAGAUGAAGAUGGAAUUUUUGCAAGUGGUCUGGAACGAAGUCUACUUGAAAAUAUAGUUUUGGCAUCAGGAAUCUUGCAAGGAAAUGGACACCUAGGCUCCCUGGAUAUGAAGACAUACGGAUAUACUCAUCUCCUCCAAAUCAACGGGGAGAGUCAAAAUGAAGAGAUAGUCAGAGGGAGGACCAGAUGGAAGGAAAAGCAAUCUACAAUGCCGUAUUCCACUUAGUAACUAGUGCUUGGUAAGCACGACGGAUAUUUAGCGAGCUGAUCUUCUUAGAACAUCAUUGAAAACAACCAGGUUCUGACAUUAAAGAUGCCAUGAAGGAAAUAAUUAAGUAAAAGGCGUAAGGCGGGAUGUUUGAUUGUGUGGUCCAGUGAUCAUGGGAUUGGAAAUCUGAAUGGAGAUCUUAAUAACGUGCCAGGACACUGGCAUGGUGCUGCGGUGAUGGAAAAGUGAGGUCCUGGAAGGAGUCAAGCCCUGGAAAGGUGUCAGAACAGAACAAGGGUCCUCCAUAUCUUGAAUGAAAUAAGUGGCGUUAGUAAUGGUGUGGUGAUAAAUGUAAAAAGAGCUCCAAAAAAAGGCUAGAGUUACUAAAAAUCAGGUACUUAAUGGGCUGAAGUGGUUACACAGUCUGCCGAUAUGCAUUCAAUGGAAUCGAGGAAUUCAACCAAAGGAUGUUAUCAAUUAUCUAGUAAAAAGUUCAAAAGAAUUCAAUUGUACCAGAACUAGACUGCUCCAACCUCAGAAUCAUACUGAUUAAUGAAAAAUCAUUGCGUAAAAUACCCAGCCCACCUAAUAACGAGUUCAAGGAUUGUUCUAACAUUGGUGUUCAACUAAUACCAAGCCA